AUGCCCCGCCGUCGCAAGCCGCCCCGGCCAGGCGCCCUCAACGACCUGCCCCCCUUGCGCAUCGCCUCGCAGAUUGCGGCGCUGCAAGGGCUGUACUACGCCGCCGCGCUGGUGCUGAUGCUCUUUUCCGCGCUCGUCGCCGGCACGGGAUUCACAUUGGACCUCGUUUUUGGGUGGGAGGCCGUUCGGGGGGAUACGACGCAGGGGUGGUUGGGGGCUUUCUUGUGGAUUCUUGAUGGGGGUCUUUGCAUGGCCGUCGCGAUCAUCGUCCUCAUCGGCCGCUCGAAACUCGUACCCGACUUCGCGCUCACGAUGCACGGUCUGCAUCUCGUCGUCACGAGCCUGUAUACGGGCCGCAUACCGCGUAACGCAAUGUGGUGGGGCGCCAUGACAGCCAGCUCGGGCAUAUGUGUCGCCUUGGCGGUUUGGGGGUCUAGAUACCGCGAGUUGAGGCCGAUAUCAUUCGGUGGCGGAGGAGGUGGCGGUGGCGGCGGGAAUAACGGCGCCGGUGCUGGGAGCAGCGGUGACGGGGCGGCGCAGAAUGGCGGUGCUGGAGAUGAGGAGGAUGGACUUGGGCUUUCGAGGGGACGGGGACGUGGGAGGGGGAGGGAUGGGGAAGGCGGGUAUGAAAUGGUUGGGAUGGAUCAUGAGAGACGGAACUCUUGA